AUGGAGCGGAAGCGCAGCCCGGAGAGCGGCCCCGAGGCGGGGCCGGAGGACGGGGACCCGGCGGGGAAGAAGCGGCUGCUGCUGUGCGCGGACUUCAUCUCCGUCGCCAGCUGCGAUGUGGCCGUGGCGCGGCGCUACCUGGCGGAGAACGCCUGGGAGGUGGAGAGGGCGCUGAACGCUUACUUCGAGCCGCGAGCGGAGGAGGACGCCCUCCCGCGCCGUCCCGCCACCUCGGCCGCGCCGCCGGGGUCCUGUGUGGACCUGACCCAGGAGGAGGCGCCGGCCGCCCGGGGCCCCAGCGGCUCGGCCAGCCCCCCUCCGCAGGAGGACGGCAGCGCCUUCUCGCUGGUCACCUGGAACGUGGACGGGCUGGACCUGAACAACCUGCGGGAGCGGGCCCAGGCGGUGUGCGCCGCCAUCGCCCUGUACAGCCCGGACGUGGUUUUUCUGCAGGAAGUCAUUCCCCCGUAUCACAGCAUGCUGAAGAAGAAGGCAAGCAGCUACGAGAUCAUUACAGGCCAUGACGACGGGUAUUUCACAGCCAUCAUGCUAAAGAAAUCAAGAGUGAAAUUGAAAAGCUACGAGAUCAUCCCUUUCCCAAACACAAAGAUGAUGAGAAACCUUCUGUGUGUGCAUGCGAGCGUGGCGGGAAACGAGCUGUGCCUUAUGAACUCCCACCUGGAGAGCACCCGGGAGCACGCGGAGGAGCGCGCCAGUCAGUUCAAGCUGGUCCUGAGGAAGAUGCAGGAGGCCCCGGAGUCGGCCACCGUUCUGUUUGCGGGAGACAUGAACCUGCGGGACCAAGAGGUCACCAAGUGCGGCGGCUUACCCGGCAGCAUCUCGGACGUCUGGGAGCUGCUGGGCAGGCCUGAGCACUGCCGCUACACGUGGGACACACGGCUGAACUCCAACCUGGGCAUCCGGGCCGCCUGUCGCCACCGCUUCGACCGGAUCUUCUUCAGAGCUCCGGCCGCGGGGGGCGGCCACCUCGUCCCCCAGAGCUUGGACCUCCUGGGGCUGGAGAAGCUGGACUGUGGCCGGUUCCCCAGUGACCACUGGGGCCUUCUCUGCACCUUGGACGUCAUCCUGUGA